GUAGCUGCUCUUAUUCCUGGGAAGUGCAUAGAUGCACUUGCAGGUGAAGAUUACAAGAUCUCACAAUCACGAAUUAUGACACAAGCCUUACGUAAAAUUCAGUCUUCAUUAUGCAACUUUGAAACUCUUGUCAUAUUUAUUAAUCAGGUGAGAUCAAAGGUGACAUCCAAUAAGGGUUUUAAACAUGCUGAGAUAGUAACUUGCGGUGGAAACGCCUUGCCAUUUUAUGCAGCUGUGAGAUUGAGAAUUUUCAGAACAGGGUUGCUCAAGAUGAACGAUGAGGUUACAGGAGUAAAGAUCAAUGUUCAAGUGGUGAAGAACAAGCUGGCUCCUCCUAUGAAGAAAGCUGAUAUAGAGAUAUUGUUUGGAAAAGGAAUUUGCUGUGUAUCUGAGGUCUUGGAACUGGCUAGUGAAUAUAGUGUAAUUUCAAGAGAAAAUGGCCAUUACUUAAUGGACGGGCGUGUUUUUAGAACUAAACAAGAAGCUGAAGGCUACUUGGUUGAAAACAGUGUCCGGCUAGAGGAAAUGGUAAAAUCGUUAAGAACCCUUCUUUUUUCGGAAAUCAAAUGAUAAUGUUCAAGGUCUGAAAAUUUGGUAGGAAAGAUUCCAUCGAAAAUUUUCUGGAAAAAAAUGCUUCUUUCUUCAGAAAUUUUAAAUUGUUCUUCGGUUGAAGAGCUCUGUCCAGUGAGAAGCUAUAAGAAUAAUGUGAAAUUGGUUUUGCAUUAUGAUGUUUGGGUGUUCAUGCUGUAAUCUGCAGAUUAGGUAAGUCCUAAAAAAUUGCUCCCUUUUUACGUUUUCUUUAUGUAGAUUUCUUAGUGAACUUAAUCUCGAUUGAACCUUAUGGCUUAGGACACAAGUUUAGGGAAAAUUAGAAAUUAGAAUCUCAGUUAUUGAUGGUUGGUUUUGGUUUAUUUGCAUAAUGUAAUUUAAAACUUUGUAUGCAGACACAUUUGUAUUUCUGUUUGACAAAGUUUCUAUGUGAUAUAUAUAUUUUUAAAACUUAGU